GCAGCAAAGAGUGAACGAGAGGGAAACAGCCGGGAAAAGGUGAAACAAAAGAAAAGGAAGCUCGGGCCAGGAGAGAGAAAAAAAGGAGGAGGAAAUGGGAACUGGUGGCGCGGUGGGAUGACGCGACGUCGGCUGCCGUCCUCCUGAGCCAGCCAGCCAGCGCAACCGCCUCCCUCCUUGUCGCGCCGGGGACGGACGGGCGGGCGGGCGAGCGGAUCUCGGCCCGAUCCGCGGCGGCCGGCGGGGCCAUUCCGCGCCGGGACGGACCCUAGAUCCGCGCCCCCACCCGCGAGAUCUCGCGCCGAUCGCCGCUGGGCGGGAGGCGGGCGGAGGGGCCGGAGGAGAUGGCCGACGACCUCACCGACGCCGACUUCUUCGACAGGCUCGUCGACGACGACGACGACGACGAGGCCGGCCCCGCCCCAGCGCCCGCGCCCGCCGUGGUGGGUGCCUCGGAGGAGGAGCUGGCACGGGGCGCCUCCGGCCUCGGCCUCGCCGACAGCGGCGAGCCCGGGCCGUCGGCGGGGGCGUUGGGGCAGGUCGCGGCGCCGCGCCCUGUGGCCGGGGCGGCUCCGGAGGGCGGGUCGCCGGGCUCGGGGAGGGGCGCCGCCGUCCACACCACGGUCAAGCAGGUCCAGUGGGCCGCCUUCCGGGCCGACGGCGACGACGCCGGGCUCGACCCCUUCGGCGAUCUGGGGACGGGUGCCGCCCAGGAGGAGGCGUUCCUCGGCACCGCGGCCGCGGACCAGACCUCGGGGAGCUCCACUGUCGGUGGGGGCGUGGAUCAUGGCUUCUUCGGCGGGAGACAGAGCUUAGAUCAGGAUCAAGGCUUUGUCGGGGUAAGCUCGGAUCAGAGCACGGCCACGCAGCAGCUCGGCGGCACCGGUGCUGCUGUCGACUCCAUGGAUCCCAGGUACCUGGAGAGCAUUUACCCCGGGUGGAAGUUCGAUGAGGCGACGCAGCAGUGGUACCAGGCUGAAACUGUCCACACUGCCGGUGACAAUGCGCAGCAGCAAUUUGGCGCUUCCUACCUGCAGAACUCAGCGCAGGCCGGGCUGGAGACGAUCGCAGAGGAGAGCUCCGUCGCGGGGAGUGCAUCAGGCUGGGGACAGGGGCCUGUUUCGGAGUACCCGGCAAACAUGCUGUUCUACGCGGAGUACCCAGGGUGGUACUUUGAUACCGACAAGCAGGAGUGGCUAUCGCUCGAGGCGUACCAGCAGGCCGUCAUGCAGGCCAGCGCAGCUAGUCCUGUUCAGGUCGGCGCAAACCAUGGUGUUGUUGCGCCUUCUGGUGGGAUAAAUUACAAUGUCAACCAAGCAGAGGUUCCUGCUGUCAACAAUCAGGUGGCCCAACAUACCUACGGCCAGCAGAGCCAGUGGCAGCCGGAUGCAUUUGCUAACAGUAUUCAACCUGAAAGUGCCACGAAUAGCUUGGCAGGUAGUUUCUAUGGUGCCGAUCAGCACGCACAUGCCGAAUCCAUCAGCCCCUCCACAAAUCAUCAGGUUCCUUUUAACACAGCCGAAACUUCAACAAGUCAUUAUGGCAACCUUCAGAAUGACUACAGCACGAUUGGUAGCCAACAAGCCGGUUACAAUGGGUUCGAACCUUCAACGGUUUACCAGACCAGUCCAAAGGUGCUCCAGUCGUCCGCGGGUAACCAGGGCAGUUACAAGGCAUUUGAACCUACCGCUGCUCACCACAUUGGUGAGAACAAGGGUUCUACGCCUUUUACUGGUUUCCAGCCUGGUUACAAGGGAUUCACUCCUUCCACGGUCCACCAGGCUGGUUACAAGGGAUCUGGCACUUCUACGGGCCACCAUACGAAGACAUUUGAGCCUUCCUCAGGUCACCAGGCUGGCUACAUGGGAUCCCAACCUUCUACAGGUCAACAUGCUGGUUACAUGGGAUCCCAACCUUCUACGGAUCACCAGUCUAGUUACAUGGGAUUUGGAACUUCUACAAACCAGGGUUAUGGUGAUGCCAAUGGUUUUGUAAAUACACAAGGCUUUGUUCCAACAGGGAGUAUGCACAACAGCCAGAAACAAGCUCAUGCAAACACCCAAGCACACUUGUCUAACAGCUAUCUCGGUACUGAGAACUCCAUGAACUUCCCUCAGCAACAAUUUAGUGGUGCAAAUGCUUCGCACAUGCAAUUUGGUUACUCUCUGCGUGAAGAGAUGUCAUCGGCUGGACGCCCACCUCAUGCUCUGGUUGCUUUUGGGUUUGGAGGAAAGCUUAUGGUUAUGAAAGAAACAAGCUCAAUGGCCACAAACUUUAACAGUGGAAAUCAGGGGAUUUCUAGUGGAACGGUGUCUGUUCUUAAUUUAUCAGAGGUUGUCGCGGAUAAUGUCGAUGCUUCGAGGAUCACUGAUGGCAGUGCACUUAGUUACUUCCAUGUUCUAUGCCGUCAACCUGUUCCUGGUCCUCUUGUUGGUGGAAGUGCUGCAUCAAAGGAUGUAAAUAAAUGGCUCGAUGAGAUGAUUACAUGGUAUGCGUCUUCCACCAAUGAAUACCAGAAAGGUGAUCCUCGCAAGUUGCUUAUUUCAUUGCUGAAGAUACUAUGUCAGCACUAUGGGAAACUACGUGCACCUUUUGGGUCUGAUCCAUCACAAGAGGAUACAAACGGUCCAGAGAUGGCAGUAACCAAGCUCUUUUCAUCUUGCAAGAGAAGUAGCGAUCAUAUGGGAGAUUUUGGGUCGAAUGUUCCUUUCAUGCAAAAUAUCCCCUCUGAAAUUCAGAUGCAGGCUGUUGCGCAAGAGGUACAAGCUCUUCUAGUAUCUGGCAGAAGAAAAGAGGCUCUUCUGCAUGCUCAGGAAGGUCAACUGUGGGGGCCUGCAGUCAUACUUGCUUUACAACUUGGCGAUAAUUUCUACGUGGAUACUGUGAAGAAAAUGGCUCAGUGCCACUUUAUUUCUGGGUCACCUUUGCGAACAUUGUGCCUUCUCAUUGCUGGUCAACCUGCAGAUGUUUUUAAUGUAGAGAACAACAGCAACAUCAACUAUGAUACACUAGGUGCAUCCCAACAACCUAUGCAGCCUAAUCCUAAUGGUAUGUUGGAUGACUGGGAAGAGAAUUUGGCUAUUAUAACUGCAAACAGGACAAAAGGUGAUGACCUAGUUAUUACCCAUCUUGGAGAUUGCCUUUGGAAAGAGAAAAAUGAGGUUGCAGCUGCUCAUUCAUGCUACUUAGUCGCUGAACUAAACAUUGACCCAUACUCUGAAAGUGCUCGGUUAUGUCUCAUUGGUGCAGACCAUUUGAAAUGUCCUCGAACAUUUGCCAGCCCUGAAGCCAUUCAGAGGACAGAGGUUUAUGAAUAUACAAAGGUGCUUGGUAAUUCUCAGUAUAUCCUGCUACCCUUCCAGCCAUAUAAGCUAAUAUAUGCGUACAUGCUUGCGGAAGUGGGAAGGCUCGCUGAUUCCUUGAGGUACUGCCAAGCUUCUAUGAAGGUGCUGAAAGCUUCCGGCCGUGCUCCAGAACUGGAAGCAUGGAAACAAUUAUUUUCCUCCCUGGAGGACAGGAUACGCACUCACCAGCAGGGUGGGUAUGGAACGAAUUUAGCCCCUGCGAAACUAGUUGGAAAGUUAUUUACCUCGCUUGAUAAAUCUAUAUCCCGCAUGAUGGGCACACCAUCCGCAACACUUCCACCAGUGCCACAGGGCUCUGUUGGUGAUAAGGAAACCUAUUCAGCACCUGCAGCUGCAAAAUUUGUAAAUAGUCAAUCAUUAAUGACGAUGUCAUCAUUAACUGCAUCCCCUUCAGUGCAUUCUAUUACUGAAAUGGCAGAGAAUAGUGGUGGCGCUGGCAGGAAGAUUGCACACAACAGAAGUGUUUCUGAACCAGACUUCGGCAAAACACCAAAACAGGGUGCACGAUCGGAUAAUACACAGAGCAGUGCAUCAGGUUCAAGAUUUGGUUGGAUCAGCUCCACACUGCAAAAGACAAUGGGAUUUGUUUCAAAAUCCCGCCAGGCAAAAUUAGGGCAACAGAACAAGUUUUACUAUGAUGAAAAGUUGAAGCGAUGGGUAGAGGAAGGUGCUGAGAUUCCUGCCGAGGAGCCUCCUCUCGCUCCACCUCCAACAAAAUCCUCAUACCAGAAUGGAAUGCCAGACUAUAACUUAAAUGGCCCUACUAGUGGAAUGCAUACUCCUAAUGGAGUGGCAGAACGAAGAUCUCCAAAACAUGCAGAUCAUGGUUUGGGGAUGCCGCCAAUUCCACCCAGCCAGAACCAGUUUUCUGCUCGUGGACGAACGGGUGUCCGGUCCAGAUAUGUGGACACAUUCAAUAAGGCUGGUGCAACUGGAGCAGCCCAGUCUUAUAACAGGCCAGCUGCUCCGUCUGUGACACCACCUACCGGUGCUAGGUUCUUUGUGCCCACUGCGGCUGCUGUCGCUGCAGAGCAGAUGCCUAGCCAAUCAGUGGAGACACGUGGCGAAACCUUCCAACGGGAUGAGCGCUCAUCCUCACCGCCAGCGGAAACAUCAUUUUCAUCACCCCCACCAGCAGCACAAUUUUCAUCACCAAUGUCAUCUACCAUUCAGCGGUACCCGAGCAUGGACAACAUUGCUACACCGAACCAGGCACCCUGGAUGUCCCCGGGAAGUAACAGCAGCUCAUUCGCAUCAAGAUCACGAGCAGCAUCAUGGAGUGGAACAUACUCUGACCAAUUCAGUUCCACGGCAGGGGCUAGGUCACCUGACGGACCGACUGUGCCCUCGCCACAAAUGCCUGGCAGACCCCCCUCGCACAGUCGUUCAAACAGCAACUCGUCUGUGCAGUUUACCGGCUUGACAGAGGAUCUUCACGAGGUUGAGCUCUGAAAAGUGAGGUGACGGCUCAGCAUGAUCGCCGUGUCAGCCAUGAUUCAGCCCACACAACCUUGGUUAACCGCGGUUCUUCCAGCAAACCCCAACUAAGUUAAAAGGUGAAAGGAGCUGUUCACAGCGAAUCAAGUGAUGAUUGCCAGGACAGAGAUGGACAGACAUCCCCUCCAAUUUUGAAUGAAACCUUGGGGGAAACCGCACCGAAACCGAGGUGCGCCAGGCGCGUACUACAUAAGUACAGUCUUGGUUUUUUGAGUAUUUAGUAGCUAUAUGUUGGUUGUUAUUAUGUUUACUAGAGCGCAGGAGAACAGAGCCGGGCAUCCUUUUUUUCGUUGCGUGUGAUGAAAAGCAACAUCUGGAUGCCAUUGUACAGAUAAUCCGCCUCUACCCCUGAUUCAUUGUUCGAAGGCGCGAACCAGUUCAACCCCCUCAUUCUUUUUUGGUUUUGAUGAGAAUAGAAGAUAGAGAUAAUCUGUCUGUUAUUCUAGUAGUGUAAGAAAGGAAGGCCUGAUCACGUCGUAGAAAGUGUUGUUGUUGUUGUUGUUGUUGUUGUUGUUGUUAUACUUGUCUGUACUUGUUCCCAUACCAUGGUAUAUUGUACUACUGUAUUAUUCUUUGGAGAUGAUUCAAUUCUUUUGCCCCGGUUAAA